CAAAUUUAAUAACAAUUUGCUCACCUGAAAACACGUUCUGUGAUUAUGCGCAGUCCAGUAAUUUGACACCUUUGUUUGAAGGGUGGAAGAGCCAGACACUAAAACCAAUUUAAUAGUCAAUCAGAAAAGGCUCGAGGAACAAAAGUUGACAAAGCCGUUAAAGUAUUGGAAAACUGAAGUUAACUUCUUCUCGAUAGUUCAUACAAAAUGUUAUCAAAUUAUUGAAUGUAUGAAUGAGACCUUUGGCUAUUCACACAUUACUUCAUUCGCAUAUUGUUUCUACAUUCUUACUUGUUACACAUUGUAUGUCUUCGUAAACCUCUCCGAAGGAAGCGCAAAAUGUUGGCCCAAAAUGCUGUAUCCCGUAGCAAUUAUCUUCACCAACACAACAUACAUGUUACAAAUUACAAAAGCAUGCAGCGAGAUCACCCGUGAGAACAAUAACUUGUCACAUAGAAUCCAUAAAUUGAGCAACCAAACAACUAAAUUUGUAAUGCAACAAGAGACAACCAUUGAUCUUGAGAUGCUGUCUCAUCAGCUGAUGCAUCAAAAGCUGGUUUUUCACACACACUACUUUUUUGACAUCGAUUUGAAGUUGCUGAAUUUGAUGAUUGGAGCCGUUACUACUUAUCUCAUUAUCCUAAUGCAGUUUGGUGUUUAAGCAAAUUACUCAUAGAAGGACAGCACAUUAUUAUCAAAUAUUUAUGCAAUCACAAGCAAAAUCCACAACCACAAACAUGAUGGCAAACUAAGUCGAAAGCCUCUACUGAGCAUAUCAUGGAUAGGCACUUUGUUCAUAACUAUUCUAGCUUGUUUCUUUUGUUUUCAACUGCUGGACUUGUACCAUUUUCUGUAGAUAGA